AUCCCUGGGGCACGAGAGCUGCUCGCGCGGUCCUCCUUGGAGUCCUCGCACCCCUCGCCGAGUUUGUCUCCAGGGCUCUCUGCUUGGCACUAAUCUGCAGGAGUUCUCUACUGAUUUGGUUUCUUCUUCGUUUGGGGGACAGUUGCCACCAACGACGCCCGACACCCCCUUUCCUGUCUUCGCGGGAGGGCUGGCGCCAGGGUCGCCGGAGCCGCGGGAAUCCUGUCCCUGCUCAUUGACCCUCAAGUCUGUCCCUGCUUGGCGUGACUUCUCCUAGCCACCGGCUUCGAGGGGAGGGUGCAGACGUGGCUCCUUUGUGCCCCCUUUGAGGGGUGAGGUCCUGGAGAGGCCAUUGACUUCCAGGGGCUUCUUGUGUGUGGAGGGAUUGGGGUGCGGGCUGCGACCAUGGCCUUCACUUUCGCUGCUUUCUGCUACAUGCUGUCCCUGGUGCUGUGCGCUGCGCUCAUCUUCUUCGCCAUCUGGCACAUAAUUGCCUUUGAUGAACUAAGGACGGACUUUAAGAGCCCCAUAGACCAGUGCAACCCUGUUCAUGCGAGGGAACGGCUGAGGAAUAUCGAGCGCAUCUGCUUCCUUCUGCGAAAGCUGGUGCUGCCAGAAUACUCCAUCCACAGCCUCUUCUGCAUCAUGUUCCUGUGUGCGCAGGAGUGGCUCACCCUGGGGCUGAAUGUCCCAUUACUUUUCUAUCACUUCUGGAGGUAUUUCCACUGUCCGGCAGAUAGUUCUGAACUAGCAUAUGACCCGCCUGUGGUCAUGAAUGCAGACACCUUGAGUUACUGUCAGAAGGAGGCCUGGUGUAAGCUGGCCUUUUAUCUCCUCUCCUUCUUCUACUACCUUUACUGCAUGAUCUACACCUUAGUGAGCUCUUAACUCAGAGACCACACACAUCAUCGGAGACUGAGAUGGGAGAGGCUGGAGGCGGAGAGAUCCACUUCUGCUGGUGAUUGAAGGACAGACCCGAGGGGGAGAUGUGAGAGAGCGAGCUGUGGACACCUGGAACUGGGAACUGGAGCCACACAUUAGCCCGUGGCCCAAGCUAACUGUGCACAUAUGUUGUUGCCUGUGUAUCACAGUCUUUGACAUUCACAUCCCACACUCAGGUGGUGGCAGUGUGCUGGGGACAUGCUGCUGAAACACUGAACCACUCCUGAGCCGAAAUUUCUGCUUCCUCAUCGAACAAGUCCCUGCAGCAAGUUCACACUGGGCUCCUGGACCUCAGGUGGAGGUUGGAACGUGCUAAGAAACAACGUGACCCCAAAGUCGAGGCUGAGUCUGUGGGGCCCGUGAAAGAUGCCAAGGAUGUUGUGGGCUAUCUGAGACUGUUGUUCAAGUCAGGGGCAUGCCCUUCACUUCAGUGGGAAGGCUCUGGAAGUUGUGCAGAUUGGCCUUUAGCUGUCACCAGCCCUGGGCCUGCACGGGCGUUUCAUGCCCUGCUCUGUGACAGCCUGGCUGAGUGACAUCAUGGACGGGAUUUGGCACAGUAUGUUGGUCAUGAGUUGUGUCCAAAAUGACGGGGUGGGAGGACUGAACUGGGGAGAGGGGAGUCCUAGUGAAAAAAGAUUUUUAAGAACGUUUUCAACACAUUCCAAGUGUUAGUUUUUCACCACCAUGAACUGUAUUCUUUUGUUGCCAUCCAAAGCCAUCACAGAGUUAGUGACUGCAGAUCAACUGGUCAACACUGGGCAAGGUCACCUUCCAGAACAGUUCCGGAAAUGCUGGCAUGACCGCCCUGUGCAGUGGACAUCUGGUGGCCAAGAAGUGAGACAAUUUAAUUACAACUUCAUUUCACGAUGCAGCAUCAUUCACACUGUUUACUUCAAUGCAAAGACGUUAAUUUAUUUAGAACUUUCCAUUUGAUAUUCUCUCCUUUUUGAGUAGUUGUGCUAGGAGGUUGUAAAUAAUGACAAGGGUGAGAUUUUUAUUAUGGUUCAGUUGGCCACAUUGAUUUUGACCUUUUUCCUCCAUCAUCCCUUCUUUUUCUUCUGACAUACACAGGCUAUUUAUACAUGUACCCAGUUCCCAUCUGAAACCUGUGAUUCAGGUUUAUGAAUGGUGUUUGUGUAACACGUUGUGAGCUAUGUUUAAAAUGCAGCAACAACUUGGGUGUCUCGCCUACCUGAGUGUCUCAUUUAAACUCCAUUACAGGCUCGAUUUGUCUCCGUAUGGUUGGUGAGUAGGUAGAAAUAGCAAAUUUUCAAAAAGGCAUUUUGUUUCUAAAAAUUCUCCAGAAAACAAAAGCAGACUUGAGGCUGAAGAUAUAAAACCGGAGAAUUUGAGAGGACAUGGGAUGAGCUGGGGGGCU